AAUUCAAAGCGGCGCGGGAAGAAUCGCGUCUGGCGGCCCGGCUCAGUGGGACGCUCCUGAGGGAAGCGACCGCGGACGUCCUUACUUCCGUGAACCCUGCUGCUCUCGCCUGUGCACAUGACUCGGUAACCCGCUCUUUGCAUCCCAGUCGUGCGUAGUGGAAGCCUCUUUGGGGACUCAGAUGGAGGAGCCAAUGGCGUUUUCUUCCCUUCGUGGCAGUGACAGGUGUCCGGCUGAUGACUCUUUAAAAAAAUAUGAGCAGAGUGUUAAACUUUCAGGUAUUAAAAGAGAUAUUGAGGAGCUUUAUGAAGCUGUACCACAACUAGUCAGUGUGUUCAAAAUUAAGGACAAAAUUGGAGAAGGCACCUUCAGCUCUGUUUAUUUGGCCACAGCACAGUUGCAAGAAGGACAUGAAGAAAAAAUUGCGCUGAAACACUUAAUUCCCACAAGUCAUCCUGUGAGGAUUGCAGCCGAGCUUCAGUGUCUGACAGUUGCAGGGGGACAAGACAAUGUCAUGGGAGUUAAGUACUGCUUCAGAAAAAAUGAUCAUGUGGUUAUUGCUAUGCCGUAUCUGGAACAUGAGUCUUUUUUGGACAUUUUGAAUUCUCUUUCCUUCCAAGAAGUUCGGGAAUAUAUGUAUAAUCUUUUUGUAGCUUUGAAACGGAUUCAUCAGUUUGGUAUUGUUCACCGUGAUGUGAAGCCCAGCAAUUUUUUAUACAAUAGACGUCUGAAAAAGUAUGCCUUGGUGGACUUCGGUUUAGCCCAGGGAACCCGUGACACAAAAAUAGAGCUGCUCAAGUUUGUCCAGUCCGAAGCUCAGCAGGAAGAUUGUUCACGGAACAAGUAUCAUGGAGUCGUUGGACACAAGGGCCUGCUGAGUCGCCCGGCACCUAAAACUAUGGAUCAGCAGUGUACCCCAAAAACUUCUGUCAAAAGAUCCUACGAAAACACACAAGUUCACAUUAAGCAAGGAAAAGACGGAAAGGAGGGAUCUGUAGGCCUUUCUGUCCAGCGCUCUGUUUUUGGAGAAAGAAAUUUCAAUAUACACAGCUCCAUUUCACAUGAGAGCCCUGCAGAGAAACUCAUCAAGCAAUCAAAGACUGUGGACAUAAUAUCAAGAAAGCUAGCAACAAAAAAGACGGCCAUUUCUACAAAAGCUAUGAACAGCGUGAUGAGGGAAACUGCCAGGUCCUGCACGGCUGUCCUCACCUGCGACUGCUAUAGAUCAGAUAGAGUCUGCAGCGUUUGCCUGUCGAGGCAGCAGCAGGUUGCCCCUAGGGCAGGUACACCAGGAUUCAGAGCGCCAGAGGUCCUGACAAAGUGUCCUGACCAGACCACAGCGAUUGACAUGUGGUCUGCAGGUGUCAUAUUCCUGUCCUUGCUCAGUGGGCGGUACCCAUUUUACAAGGCCAGUGAUGACUUAACUGCUUUGGCUCAGAUCAUGACAAUUCGCGGAUCCAGGGAAACUAUCCAGGCUGCUAAAGCUUUUGGCAAAUCAAUUUUGUGUAGCAAAGAAGUCCCAGCACAAGACUUGAGGGCACUCUGUGAGAGACUACGGGGUCUAGACUCUACCACUCCCAGGUCAGCCAUUGGUCCUCCAGGGAAUACUUCCCAUGACCCUGCUGCUUCAGAGAACCCUGACCAUAAAACGUCCCGUGUACAGGCUGCUCAAGCACAGUACUCAGAGGAUUCCUUGUAUGAAAGGGACAGUGAUGGCUAUCGGAGUCACCCCAGAGACUGUACUUCCAACUCAGAAGGCUGGGACUCGGUACCUGAUGAAGCCUAUGACCUGCUCGAUAAACUUCUGGAUCUAAACCCAGCCUCAAGGAUAACAGCAGAAGCAGCCUUAUUACAUCCGUUCUUUAAAGAUAUGUGCUCCUGAUACGGCUCUCCACUUACUGUUGCUGCUGUGUGUUGUAAGGUGGUGUGGAUAAGCACAGGUUGUUUGUGUCCAAUUCUAGGGGGAGAAUGAAUAACUUAUUUUAAAAUUAUAAUAUUUGUUCUGAUGUCAGAUUGUAAACAGAUUAAGAAUUCUUAAAGAACUGGGGGAGUCCUUGACAAGGCCUUUGAGUUAAACCACCAAGUAGACUCAGACGCUUCGUGUCCUGGUCGUCUCUGCCUCAGGAGCAGCCGCACUUAGCCUGAUGCAUGGGUUCGAGGUACAGGUCAUAAAGCUAACAGAUGACAGGGAGAACCUGAGAGAAACACUGUUUCCAAGCAGUGUGUGGUCUGUACUGUGCGCAUGGGGGAACUGGCUUUUGGUGGUGUGUGGGAAAGGUGUGCAAAUGAACAAAUAGUUAUUGCAGAGAUGUUUGUCACUGCCUAACACAGUCAUUGUAAAUUACAGGGUGCUUAUUGCCGUUUCUGGGUGCCUCACUAAGUGUUAAAUGUAUUUAUAUUUGGAGCCGAAUAAUGUGUGUAUUGUUGAUAAGACAGAAAUGCUUCUUUUUCUCAGUAUUUUUUUCUCACACUACCUUUGUUUGUUUAAUUAGGUAAUGGCUACAAGGAAAAGUGAGCAUAGAACUGGACAUUGCUGGUGAUGUUUUCUGGUUUGCCAGGAGCAUCCACAUUUCUGCAUUUCUGUUCUGAGUUAAUCUUGGUCGGAAGGAAUGGGUCUUAGGUAAUUGAGAAAAAGAUACGAAGGGGACAAAGUAGCAGAGGGCUUGAUACGGAGGUUUGUGCAUUGUUUUUGUUCUAAACUUCUCUCUGUCCGUGAUAGCAUACCAGGCUCCCAGGAGUCGGGAUAGACUUGCUGAGGAGUUCCUGCUUGUAGCAUCACAGACUAGGGAGCUGUCUCUCAGAGUGUUGUGAACAUAGAUAGAUCAAUGUGUCUCAUUGAUCAGUUUGACAUGUGUAUAUUAUGUAUAUUUGUGAGUAUACACGCUUUGUCUUAUGUUGUAAUUUUUUUAAAACUUGAAUGUUUUGGGAUAUGUAUUUAAUAAUAAACUUUUAGAUUCUUA